GUUCAGGUGUGUAGGAGAGAUCGCGGUGUCGCUGUCUGGGGCCAGGAGCGCCCCUUCCUUUUGAGCCCCUCGGCUCCUCCCCCCUCCGCGGGAACUCUGUGCUUCCGGCAGGCUCGUCCCGGGCUCGGACCCUCUGGCACAGCUGAGUUGGUGACUGACUGCUGGAGGGAUCACUGGUAGAGCUGGAGAAUAUGAAUAGUUUCUCAAGAAAAGUACAUUGCUUUUGGCACAAGACACAGAAUAAAGGAUAAUUGUUAUUUUGUGUAAUUUUUCAGUAAAAGUCACUGAAAAUUACUUUCCAUGCAGUGUAGCUAUAUGCUUUGAACUCAAGGAACCCAGACUUAACACCUCCUCCCUAUAGAAUCUGUCAAGUGAACAUAUAUUUUUGCUUUUCAAUUUCGUUAAAAGCAAUUUAUUUUUAAAGAAAAUAUGUCUCCUCUGAAGAUAAAUGGUCCUAUCAGAGUUCGAAGUAUGCAGACUGGAAUUACAAAGUGGAAAGAAGGAUCCUUUGAAAUUGUGGAAAAAGACAAUAAAGUCAGCCUAGUGGUUCACUACAACACUGGAGGAAUUCCAAGGAUGUUUCAGCUAAGUCAUAACAUUAAAAAUGUGGUACUACGUCCCAGUGGAACAAAACAAAGUCGCCUAAUGUUGACUUUACAAGAUAACAGCUUCUUGUCUAUUGACAAAGUACCAAGUAAGGAAGCAGAGGAAAUGAGGUUGUUUCUAGAUGCAGUCCAUCAAAACAGACUUCAUGCAGCUAUGAAACCUUCUCAAGGGUCUGGUAGUUUUGGAGCUUUUCUGGGCAGCAGGGCCUCUCAGAAGGAAACUAACAGACACCUUUCUUACUCAGACAGUCAGGCCUCUUCAAAAAGAGGAAGUUUAGAAACUAAAGAUGAUAUUCCAUUUCGAAAAGUUCUUGGCAACCCCAGUAGAGGAUCAAUUAAGACAGUAGCCGGGAGUGGAAUGGCUGUUAGCCGGACGAUUCCUUCUUUGUCGCUGACAUCAACACCUCUUAGAUCAGGAUUAUUAGAAAACCGCACUGAAAAGAGGAAAAGAAUGUUAUCUGGCUCAGAGCUAACUGAAGAUUAUCCUAAGGAAAAUGAUUCGUCAUCGAACAACAAAGCUAUGACAGACCCUUCAAGAAAAUAUUUAACCAGCAGUAGAGAAAAGCAGCUGAGUUUGAAACAGGCAGAAGAAAAUCGAACAUCAGGGCUUUUGCCUUUGCAGUCAUCCUCAUUUUAUGGGAGCAGAGCUGGAUGCAAGGACUACUCUUCUGGUGGCACUAACCUAGACAGGAGUAAUGUUUCAAGCCAGACUCCUUCUGCCAAAAGAAGCUUGGGGUUUCUUCCCCAGCCAGCUCCUCUAUCUGUUAAAAAACUGAGGUGUAACCAGGAUUACACAGGCUGGAACAAACCUAGAGUGCCCCUUUCCUCUCAUCAACAGCAGCUGCAAGGAUUCUCCAACUUGGGAAAUACAUGCUAUAUGAAUGCUAUCUUACAAUCUCUGUUUUCACUCCAGUCAUUUGCAAAUGAUUUGCUUAAACAAAGUAUUCCAUGGAAGAAAAUUCCACUCAAUGCACUUAUCAGACGCUUUGCAAACCUGCUUAUUAAAAAAGAUAUUUCUAAUUCAGAGACCAAAAAAGAACUACUCAAAAAGGUUAAAAAUGCUAUUUCAGCUACUGCAGAAAGAUUCUCUGGCUAUGUGCAAAAUGAUGCUCAUGAAUUUUUAAGCCAGUGCUUAGAUCAGCUGAAGGAGGAUAUGGAAAAACUGAAUAAAACUUGGAAGACAGAACCUAUCCUGGGAGAAGAAAAUUCACCAGAUGCUUCAGCUACUAAAGUGUUCACUUGCCCUGUUAUUGCAAACUUGGAGUUUGAGGUUCAGCACUCCAUUAUCUGUAAAGCGUGUGGAGAGAUUAUUCCCAAAAGAGAACAGUUUAAUGAUCUCUCGAUUGACCUUCCUCGGAGGAAAAAACCUCUCCCUCCUCGUUCAAUUCAAGAUUCUCUUGAUCUUUUCUUUAGGGCAGAAGAGCUUGAGUAUUCUUGUGAAAAGUGUGGUGGAAAGUGUGCUCUUGUCCGACACAAAUUUAACAGGCUUCCCAGGGUCCUCAUUCUUCAUUUGAAACGGUACAGCUUCAAUGUAGCUCUUUCACUUAACAACAAGAUAGGACAGCAAGUCAUUAUUCCGAGAUAUCUGACUCUGUCAUCUCAUUGUACUGAAAAUACAAAGCCACCUUUUACUCUCGGAUGGAGUGCACAUAUGGCAAUUUCUAGACCAUUGAAAGCCUCUCAAAUGGUGAAUUCCUGCAUCACCAGCCCUUCUACACCUUCAAAGAAAUUCACCUUCAAAUCCAAAAGCUCCUUCACUUCAUGCCUUGAUUCUGACAGUGAGGAUGAACUAAAGCGCUCUGUGGCCCUCACCCAGAGGCUUUGUGAUGUGUCAGGCAAUGAACAGCAGCAGGAAGAUGUGGAAAAAGAUUCAAAAUUGUGCAGAUCAGAACCUGGGAAGUCCGAAUUGGAGAACUCGGGAUUUGACAGAAUGAGUGAGGAGGAGGUGCUGGCAGCUGUGUUAGAGAUGAGUAGGAGAGAAGCUUUGCCCACGCUCGGCCGUGAAGAUGACGAUAAGCCGGCCAGCAGCCCCGACACUGGAUUCGCAGAAGAUGACGUUCAAGAGAUGCCUGAACAUCCCGAUGCUGUGGAGGCUGAGAAACCCAAAACCGUCGCUGAGCCAGAGCCUGCUAGUUUUUCUGAGAUAACGAAAGACUGUGACGAGAAUAAAGAAAACAAAACUCCAGAAGGCUCUCAGGGAGAGGUUGAUUGGCUGCAGCAGUAUGACAUGGAGCGUGAAAGAGAAGAGCAGGAACUGCAGCAAGCACUGGCUCAGAGCCUUCAAGAACAAGAGGCUUGGGAACAGAAAGAAGAUGAUGACCUCAAAAGGGCUACAGAGUUAAGUCUUCAAGAGUUGAACAACCCUUUUCUGGAUUCCCUGUGCUCAGAUGAAGACUCUGGAAAUGAGGAUGUUUUUGAUAUGGAAUACACAGAAGCUGAAGCCGAGGAACUGAAAAGAAAUGCUGAGACCGGAAAUCUUCCUCACUCCUAUCGGCUCAUCAGUGUUGUCAGUCACAUUGGGAGUACUACUUCCUCAGGUCAUUACAUUAGUGAUGUAUAUGACAUUAAGAAACAGGCAUGGUUCACAUACAAUGAUCUGGAGGUCUCUAAAAUCCAAGAGUCCUCUGUGCAGAGUGACCGAGAUCGGAGCGGCUACAUCUUCUUCUACAUGCACAAGGAGAUCUUUGAUGAGUUGCUGGAGACAGAAAAAAACUCUCAGGCACUUAGCAUGGAAGUGGGGAAAACUACCCUUCAGACCUCAUGAGGAGCAAAUGGCUGGCAACAUGAACUGCAGUUUUCUCUCACUGCCCCCCACCUCACCUUUCCUCUGCCCGAAGAGAAUUUGGAAUUCUACUUGAUUCAGGAGCAACAAACAGCUCAGGGCCAAACCAAAAGACAAAAUUCCAUCAUGUGCAACGCUCCAUACUGUUUUAUGGAAACCUUGGUCUCAUCUAUAGCUGAUUGACCUUUUUCUCCUACAAGAGUGACGCUUCCUUUUGUCUUAAGAAUUCAUGUUGUAAAUAUAUAUAUAUAUAUACAUACCCACACAAUUUAUGGAAUGACUGGAGCCUUAAAGCUAGGAUGAGCCACCAGGAGUAGUAUGUCUGCUCACAAUGACUGCCACAGCUGUUUGGAGGAAAGCGGGAAGUGUGGAAAUGCACAUAUUGUUUGGCUUGAACUUUUGCAUUUUGAGUGACUUCACUCAAGUCCAACCUUUGAUGUUUCUUAUGAGUAAAGUUCACUGGAAAGCCAGUUACACUAAUAGUUUGUUUUCCCUGGAAGAGACAUUUCUGUAGCCUGAUUUGAGUUUUAUUUUUCCUUUGAUUUUAUGACUCUGAAUGCUGUUUACAUGCAGUUUCCAAAAAAAAAAAAAAUGGAUUUUUGGUGCUUUGGAAUGUUAUAGUCCCACACUUGCUAUUUAUUAUGCACUUGACGUUUUCUCUCAGAGAUGCCGCUACACAGUGUGUUCAUCAUACUCUUUCCAUAUUGUUGUGGUGGUAAAGCUAAAAGCUUAUAUUUUCUUCUGUAUCAUUUUCCCAUGGAGCAGGCAUGAUCCCAAUGGAUUAAAACCUCAGUUAUAAAAGGUUCAAAGACCAGUAUUGUUGCACUAGGAGAGCAGGGGGAAUGGCUGCUCGGCUAGCUUACACCUGAAAUAAUCACACAGAAACUGUAUUCAUUGAAGCACUGCCUGGCCCAUUAAGCACUGCCUGACCCAUUAGCUCUAACUUCUUAUUGGCUAACUCUUACAUAUUAGUUUAACCCAUCUCUAUUAAUGUGUAUUGCCAUGUGACUGUGGCUUACCAGCAAGAUUCUAACCAGUGUCCCUCUCAGGCAGGAGAACCAUGGCAUCUGCCACUCUGCCCUUCUUCUAGCAUUCAGUCUAUUCCACCUACCUAAGUUCUGCCCUAUCAAAAGGCCAAGGCAGUUUCUUUAUUUAACCAAUGAAAGCAACACAUAAACAGAAAGACCUCCUACACCAUUUUCCCUUUUCUGUUUAAACAAAAGAAGGCUUUCACUUUAACAUAGUAAAAUUACAUAUAACAGGUAUCAAGCAAGAAUUACAGUUAGAAUAUUUAUAUCUUUUGUCUUAUCAUAACAAAGGAAAACUAUAACUAUUCUUCAACUCCAUCAAAGACUCCAGGAGGAUAUAAUAAUACCUAAGUAAACAAGAAGUAAGCAAUUUCCAAAACUCUUGAAAUGACAGACAUCUCACGGCCUGUACAGUCACCCAAAGUUCUUUUGUAUGUUGGGGCAUCCAUCUUCAGCAUAUAGGCCUAUAGUAUCCAGCAGACAUUUUCAUGAAGCAGGAAAUUUUUUGUUGUUUUGUGGGGUUUUUUUGGUUUUGGUUUUUCGAGACAGGGUUUCUCUGUAGCUUUGGAGCCUGUUCUAGAGUAGACCAGGCUGGCCUCGAACUCACAAAGAUCUGCCUGCCUCUGCCUCCCAAGUGCUGGGAUUACAGGCGUGUGCCGCCGCCACCUAGCCUGAAGCAGAAAAUUUUAAGGACAGUUUAGUCACUUCCUUUUGUGUCCUGUGGAAUGUCUUACAGACUCUUUUAUGAAACAGGAACCCCGAAGGAUCAUCUCACCUUUAGGCAAGUUCAGCAGUCCUCUAUGGGUUUUUUAUGUCCCGUUUAUGCAAUAGUCCAGGCAAGAGCAGUUUCUUGCCCAAAUGGCUAACCAACUCCGUAAGGAGCCUCUUUGAUGCCUGUCUUCCUCUUGAAGUAGCUUGGUGCUGCCAGGAGCAGACAUGUCUCAUUGUCAUGAAAAGCCCUAAGUUAUUAAAACAUCUUAAAUGCCAUAUUCUGUAAUCUUUGAAAGAUAUGAAGAAUGCCUAUCUAACUGAAAUAUCUCUGUAUAUCUAGAAAAUCUAGCUAACGUGACUACAAGCUUGACUUAUAAAUGAUUGUCCAUUAACAGCCUAUAUUUCCUAAUUAUACAUUACAUUUUUAAAUGAACUACACAAUCACAAUUCCUUAAGAUCAGAAAUAUAUAGAACAAGAUUGACCUUAAAUUUAUACCAAUAAAGCAAAAUUCAUACCAAUGGUAAUUAUAUCAUACCCCCUUUUAAAUGUAAACAAAGAUUUAUAAACAAUAUUUGGGAAUAUGGAGAUAGUUAUUUCUCUCCAAACUUAUUUCUGCUAUAUGGGAGCGCUGUUAAUCAGGUCCUUUAUGGUAUAUCCUAUGUGCUAGGUUCAUCUCAGGAGUUCAAUGAAGUAAUUUUCUGAGGGUGUUUACGGCAACCUUUAAGAAGGGCAUGGCCUAUCAUACCAUAUUGGUCUAGAAGCAAUCCACAGUGUGUCAUCCUCUGAAAACAAAAAGAACAUCUUUUUGAAAGCGUUAUAUCCUUAGACCCAAAUUUUGAAGUCGUAAUACUUUUAUAAUAUACAUGCUGGUUUAGCUUAGCAGCCCACACAAUGAAACGUCUCUCUGACCUUAGCUCCUUACAGUCAAAAAAAAUUAAGGAAAAUGCAAUAAUAUACAGAAUCCAGACUCUGAAUUUUUUAUUUUUAUGAAGUAUUAACUUUAUUUUAUGACUCUAUACUCUAUUUUUUUCUCUCAUGUCUACGUACAUUUAUUUAACACUGUGACCCAUUUAGAGGGCUUUUAUGUCUGAAUAUGUCUUAUUGUGAAUCUAAUAUCUGUCUAGGAACACUUGCUUUGUGCUUUUAAAAUGCUAAGCUCUUUAAGAAUAUGAGUUGCGACCAUCCUAGGUCAAAUACAGGUACUGCCUGAUUGCCCCACCCAGUCCAGCAUGGCGGAGCUGCGUUCAGUGCCCCUCUUCCAGCGAGUCCAGUUGCCAUCAAACAAACCAAGCAUAAGCACUUUACUAACAAACUCCAUCCAAAUGCUUCAUCUCCCAAGAGUCAGAGGUCAUACUCGCGGCACAGCCCAGAAAGCUGGUAUUUUAAAACCACUUUUUUCCUGUUGUGGCUACUGAGUUAGGAAAUUUUUUCUGUGGCACCCCGCAAACAGCAAAAACUUAUGUUAAACUCUAUAUUUGUGUCUAGAAUUUCUUUUAAAGCCCUCUCAGGUUUUACAUUGAGUCAGUUUAACACGUUGGAGCACCAAACUUGCAUGAGAAGAGGGUGGGGGCCUUUGUCCCUGCUGCCCGGCUAGCUUACACCUGAAAACAAUCACACAGGAACUGUAUUCAUUUAAACACUGCCUGACCUAAUAGCUUUAAUCUCUUAUUGGCUAACUCUUACAUAUUAGUUUAACCCAUCUCCAUUAAUGUGUAUUGCCACGUGGCUGUGGCUUACUGGCAAGAUUCUAACCAGCGUUCGCCUCAGGCAGGAAAAUCAUGGUGUCUGCCACUCUACCCUUCUUUCUAGCAUUCAUUUCUGUCUACCUAAGUUUUUUUAUUUAACCAAUGAAAGCAACACAUAAACAGAAGGACCUCCUACACCACAGUAUUGCUUCGACUAUGACUCCUUGACAGGGAUGCUUAGGGCAGGGAAGAAUGCUAGUCUCUUUGUCUCCCAGGCAGAGAAAGGCAAGAGGCAUGCUGCUUUUUACAGUGCAAACUGGACCACUAAAGCUAAACACUGUUGCAAAGGCAAAACUAAGUAGGGUGAGAAUUGGGAGAAUAGCUGUAGGUAAUUCCAGGAGCUAUCAAAGGUGCACAGUACAUCUCUUACUUUUUAGGUGCUCUGAGUUGAGACCAAGUGGGGAUGCAGAGGCAAGCGCUGCAUACAUCACUUCGCCAACAUUAUCUGCCUGGUUAAGCAGCUAAUGAAACCGUAAAAAGAAUGAGCUUGAGGGAAUUGUCAGCUCAACUGUCAUUAGGAUUGCACAGGAUUUAGCAAAAUAAAGCCUGUGUUCACUUCCUUCCCUGUUUUUUCUUGCUUUUACUAUUAAUGUGAGGGUUACUCUGCAUUCUGAGGUAUGUAUGAGACCAUGUCAGAUUUUCGGGGGAUGUUAAAACCUAUCACUAAGAUGCAACAUCUUUUCUAGAAGAUUGUAUUCAGAGAGCUCCAGCCAGACUCUUGCAAUCUGGGUGCAUUCUUACAUGAUCACCUCUUCUAAAGGUCUGAAUCAUUGAGAUGUAAUGGCCUCAGUGCUUUUGUUUGACUACUGAUAAACGCUUUGACUCCUACCAUCUACUGCACACCUUGUAGUGAAUGUUCCACAUGGGCACAGGGAGGGUAUGCGGUAGUUUACAACGGAAAAAUACUUGUUUUUGGAACUAACUUAAAUCGUGUUGUUUCACUUCUACCAGGAGCCUCGUUUUGUUUUGCUUGAAAGUAACUGAUUAUCUCAAGUGCAUAGUGAUUGUGAGCUUUAGCAUUGUCCGCUGCCGCCUCUGCAUUGGAGAACUUUGAACUGUUGAAUGAUUAUGUCCCACGUGAGCUCUGCAGUACACCAUGGAAGAAAACAGAAAUAAUGCCCUGAGCAGCAGUUGUUUUCAUGGCGUGUGUGCAUGUGGCACAGAACCUGGUUGGUUUGACCUUCGUGUCUUGGGCAAGACUUGUUAGUUGAAAAUAAGUUAGUACUUACAACUUUGGACUUGAAUUAGUACAUUCUGCCCAUACUGUGGCCUUGUUAGCCUUUCCCUUCUCCAUUCUUUUAACUUUCCUAUUUGACUCCAAAUGGCGAUUUCACCUAGACUGUAUUAAUUUAACCAUGAUCCCAGAGUUACAUUGAGAGCAGUUAACAUUUGGGGCUAGAAGGGACAAGUUACUAGAGCAGAGGUAUCAGUUCCCUUCAGUCUACAUAAUAACCUUCCAUGUAAAAUGCCAAGUGUGUGGUUACAUUAAAUGACUGACCUGGAAUUCCAUAGCAAUUAGUACUCUAUGCAAUCUUUGGAUCUUAGCCAAAACUCUUUGGAUGAGAAGAUAAACUUAAGUUUGUUUUUUUUUUUGGGGGGGGGACGUUAGCCCUGUAUUAUACAGAGUUAAAAGGCUGGGUGUUGAUAUUGUUUAUUUUAGUAGCCAAGACUAUCAUUUAGGCAUGUGGGGAGGCUGGACUCUUGUUUUGUAGGUAUAGGUGUGUAUACACAUGCUCAUAAGUUACGGCCCAGCAGGAAGAAUAAGUAAAUCCAUGAAUUGUUGUGUUUAUAUUCUGAUUCCAAGUUGAUUGCCUAGUUUCUAUGAUCAGGCUUAACCUAAACAGCUCAGUAGCAGACACAGCAGGUGUAGAUGUAUUUACAUUUUAAGAUGUGGUGCUUACAGGUUGGUUAACUCUGGGUGCUAAUAUUAAACUACACAUUUUUCUCUCUCCUUGAUGAACUAAGACUCUUAGUAAAAGCUCUAAUAGUGAAAACCUCAACAAAGUAACUGAUUGUCAUCAUGGGAGUUUUGUAACAGGAUUAUUCUCUGUCACCGAAGUAGACUCAGUUUGUGUUUUGCUUUGGUUACUAGAUUUAAGGAAGUCUCAAUCAUACAUGACUGGUAAAUUGUUUCCUUUCUGUGUGCUAUGUAUCUAAGGUUUAGAGGCUUUAAUUGUAGGUGUGCCCCUAUGAAUGAACACUUUGGUGACAAUGGACUUAAAAGUUACAGUCAGUCCCUCAGGCCUAAGAGAAAGGUGGAUGAGAGUCUGGGUCAAGAUUCAUUCAAGUGUGUCAAGCCAGAGAACAAAGAAGGGCAGUUGUCUGAACAGAUCUGUUGAAUAAGUGGGCAAGAGGGAGACUGCCAUGGGUGUAUGCAUCUGUCCCCUAGCUUCCUUUCCUCUUCUUGGUGGCAGUUCUUCAUGCCUGGGAGAGGGAAACAGAAGCAAGGCUCCUGUACUUUGCUGGUUGAAGCACUCCCAGGUUUGUUGGCAGCUUUGGCCACAUUAUUUGUGAGGUGGCUUUUUUGUGUUCAGAGUGACUUCUGGUUCUGAUGAUUGGUGUCUGUAUGGAACGGCACUUUAUCUGUGUUUUAGCAGAACUGUUCCUCUGUGUCCUUUAUGAUUUUUCCAUGUUUCUGAUUCCUUUUUAAAUUAUAUAGUUUGGUUUUUUUGUUUUGU